UUGGCGCUAGUGUGCAGGGGACUUUGACAAUCCCAAAAAAGCUGGAAUAGCCGUUCCUUUGGUGUAACCUGUAAGAGAUUUCAUGUUAUUAGCAUAUGUUCAUAGGAAAUUGUGAAAUUCGAGGAAAUCACAAAGCACGAAUAUGGAAAAAUAUGUAAAGCCGUUAUUGGAAGGAAAUGACAAUUCGCAGUUGUUGGGCAUACUGGCCGCUGUGUUUGCCAUUAUCAUAACAUUAGUUUUAUUUGCACUCUGGUGCAAGAAGAAGUCUGCAGGUCAUAUUAUCCUUCUAACGGGUCUUAGCGACAGUGGAAAAACAUUGAUAUAUGCAAGAUUAUUAUGUUCCAAAUUUGUUAAGACAUAUACAUCUCUUAAGGAAAAUGUAGGAAACAUUCUAAUAAACAAUAAUUCUUUGAGAAUAGUGGAUAUCCCUGGAGAUGAACGAUUGCGUAGCAAGUACUUUGAUAAAUAUAAAUCGUCUGCCAAAGGCCUGGUUUAUGUGAUUGAUUCAGUGACUAUCCAAAAAGAAAUCAGAGAUGUGGCUGAGUAUUUGUACAAUUUAUUGUCAGACUCUGAUAUACAGAAGAACAUCCCUAUCCUUAUAUUGUGCAAUAAGCAAGAUCAGACUAUGGCUAAAGGAUGUGCGGUGAUAAAAACACUGUUAGAAAAGGAGAUGAAUCUGCUACGAAUGACGAAGACUAGCCAGUUGGAAGCCAUGGACGCGUCAUCAACCAGUGUCUUCCUUGGAAAACAGGGAAAGCACUUUGAAUUCUCGCAUUUGGACUCGCAGAUUGAUUUUGCAGAAUCGUAUGCGUUUAAUAAAGAUCCUCAAUCCUCGGUCGAUAUCUCAGAGUUUAACAAGUGGUUACACAAAAUCACAUAAUAUGCAUUUGAUGUUAUUAAAUAUAAAUUAUUAUUUAUAAGUAA